UCCUUUUGAGCAACCGCCAUACGCAGUGGCAUCGUUUGGUUAGUUUUCCUGGUGCCUAAGUACAUCGCCUACAUAUUUGCCAGACGCAAAACGCGCCUUACUGUAUGACUCACACCCACUGGGUGGUGUGGGGGGAAUGUCGCGAAUUCUCAACCUGGGAAAACCGAGCGAAAAGUGUAGCAUAAGAGGAAUUUAGUAGCGAGUCGACAGACGAGUAAGUCGAUCACGCACACACAACGCGCGGCGCAAAAAAUCCCAAGAGAGAAAACAUCAUCAUCGGUGCAUAGAAGUGCCUGAAGGAAAUCGUCCGGCACCUGAAGACGAGACGAGCUGUGUGUGGCUUAUGAUGCUGAUCUGCUAUAGCGUGUCAUGUUCGUGUGCGUUAGUGUUGCUGUGAUACCCGUCCGGUUUUUUUCCCCUUCGAUCUGUGUCACGUGAGUAGAAUGUGAAGUGAAAAGCCUCGCAGUCAGUGUGUGCGCUCAGAAAAAAAGGAAAUCUUGCAAAAAAAGAGAUAACAAGAAAAGCGAAGAUCACCAACUCCCUGCUUCGAAGGGGUGGUAGGAGAGAGUGCAGUGUUGGUUUUUGUGAUAUUGUGUGAUUCUUUGCGUAGAAGUGUGGCAGGAAGAGAAAAGUCGCGAAACGUAAGCGAAAGAAGUGAAGUGCGCUGAAACUGGGCCCCGUUGGCUCCCUUGGUGGAGAAGAAAAACAAGCAUUGACCAAAAAUGUGCAGCCUACUUUCGUUGGUGUUGUUCGGGUUGGUCCUGCUGGCUGUACCCGGACUUGCCGGCACACGGCCACAGGAGGUCCGUAUCAACAAAUGUUGCCGGUUGGGCGAGUUUUACAACGUGACCGAGCGGCAGUGUGUGGCGGGCGGUAUCGCCAAAUGGGUACCGCGCAUCUUCCUACCGGCGAAGGGUCAGCUGUACAAGGACCUCGGAUCGGCACCUCCGUUCAUGAAGUUUACGGAGCAACAGCAACCGGAAACCUGUCCCCGGCCGACCGUGUACGAAGUCGAUUUGGUUACGCUGAUGGGCAAUGGAUCGCUGUUUCUGAACCAGAAGCAUGUGCUGGUCCCCGUGCCGGACUACUGCAUCGAUGAGAAGGUCGCGCUGGUAUGUCCGGAACGGCCGACGGAUUUGUUCGGAGCGGGAACUGAUGGCGGCAAAGGUGGUCAGAUGGAUUCCCUACAGGCGCCGGAAAAGACGAGCGUUGUACUGAGAUGCUGUGGUUCAAACUUCGCCUACGAUAGCGGUAACCGAACGUGCUCCAAACUACCCCGGGGUCACGAGCUGUUUGACUCUCGGAUCGUAAACUCACCGUACGUGGAGCUGAGCUACGGUUUUCCGGCCUGCAAGAAGCAUGCGAUUGCUGGGGCGUUUGAAGAAUCGCGACUCCAGGAACAAACCGGCUCGGUAACGACCGAUUCUGGGAAGAUUUUCGCUUCCGGAGAGUUCUGUCUCGAGCAUGUCCGGGAGGACGAUCGUACGGUGUACGUGUUUACCUGUUCCGAGCACUUCCAGCCGGCCUCGGUACCCAUCGCUAACCAGGACGGCCGUCUGGUGCUGUACUCUGCCGGUCUGCUCAUCUCGACCAUCUUUCUGGCUGCCACGCUGGCCACCGGUCUGCUGGUACCGUCGCAACAUCACGUGCUUCAUUGGCGCUGCCAAACGCACUACGUUGCCUGUCUGCUGGUGGGCGAUCUGCUGCUUGCCAUCACUCAACUAUCCGGCAACUCCAUCACCGGUCCGGCCUGCACGAUAAUAGCAAUCAUGAUGCAUUUCUUCUUCCUGGCUGCAUUCUUCUGGCUCAACACAAUGUGCUUCAAUAUCUGGUGGACUUUCCGUGAUCUACGGCCGACAUCGCUGGAGAAAAGCCAGGAAAUCUGCCGGCUUCGGAUCUACGAGGUGUACGCGUGGGGUGUCCCGCUGAUUAUUGCGGGUAUUGCGGCCAUCCUGGACAAUCUGCCGGACAGCAGUGAUACCUACUUGAGGCCACGUUUUGGUGAAGCAAAAUGCUGGUUCUACGGUAAUAUGGAGAUGCUGAUCUACUUCUUCGGACCGAUCGGCAUACUGCUCUUCAUCAAUCUGCUACUGUUCGCCUCGACCGCACGUCAGCUAACCUGUGGCCUAUGGAAGCGGGACGAUGUCAAAUCAACGACGGAACGCCGCGGUUUGGUUUCUUCUCCCUCUUACAGUGCUGCGCUGGGGCGCGUCUGUCUCAAGCUGGUCGUCGUGAUGGGUGUCACCUGGGUGGCGGACGUCAUCUCCUGGGCCGUCGGUGGACCGAACUACAUCUGGAUCGUGACCGAUCUGAUCAACGCACUGCAGGGCGUAUUCAUCUUCAUCGUCGUCGGCUGUCAACCGCAGGUCUGGGCUGCCAUGAAGCGUCUGUGGAACUCGAAAACUGGACGAUCCUUCACGAACACUACGCACGGUCCGCAGCACUCCAGCUCGUCGCACGGAUUGCCAUCGAUGGGCGAAUCGAUCACGAACAACACCUGCACGAACAACACGACGACGACCACCUCGAACCGCGUGCCAAUGGAAACGGUCUGUUGAACCGAAAUGGCCGAAAGGUGAGCCAAAACUUCACAUUCAGCAAGGGAAGGAAUAAUGUCGUGGCCCAAUGCGGAAGAUGAUACUAGCCAACUCUAGGGCCAACUCCCUAAAUUUCCCUCCCCAACACGAACGACGAAGAUGCCAACGUAUCGAAUCGGGAAACGACGAUGGCCAUGCAACCGUGAGCGACGCGCAUUCAUGGAUGGUCGGAAAAAGUGCUUUUUUAUCAUCGUUGGCUUAAGCAAACUAUCAUCAUCAUCAUCAUCAUCAAAAAUCGUGUGAUCGAUCGUCAACCGUCGCGACACUUUUUCCUGCCGAAUUGUCUGUGAGGUACAAAACACCAUUUUUGGUUACGACUGGAUGAGAGAGUAUUCGUAGUGCAUACUGCAUAGUGGUAGAGUGAAGGAAGUAGUAACGAUGGGAGGCAACAGUACGACGAAAGCGGUAUGUUGCCUUUAUAUCUCGAUAAAACGAUAGCAUAGGAAACAAUCAAACCCGAUCAACUGAUGUUGUCUCCGCGCUACUUUCCUUCAGCUUCUUCUGGCGCUAUUAGUUGUAGAGAGUAUACACACACAAACCUCCUUCUUCGCAAAACGUAUACACUAACGGAUAAUAAUUAAUAUUUAAUAAUAAAUUAAACUUCUCAUUCACAAUUACCGUUCAUGAAAAUCUUGCUUAGCAUGAUGAGGCACACCAGACUGGGUAUUCGUUAGCGGACGUUGUGGGGCGUUUUUUUUCUCAAAAUUAUGAGAAAUGGAAUGAACUGUUUUGCGAUGUUCUGCAUUCUUGGUCACUCGAACGCUAACUGGCGACCCUGGAUGGUGGAGACCUCACACACCAGGCAAUAUCCAUUCUUAGCCUAGGGAAACGCUAACACUUGAUAGAGAGAUAGUAGAAUGUUCAUGUUUUCUUCAUGAGGAAAAGCAGCAACACAUAAGCACAAUGAUGCCUAACCUGAUUGGUCGACAUUUUCGUAAUAAGUAGAAUAGCAUUUGCCAAAAUUAGAACAAAAUCCCAAAAAAUUCAAGAUCAAGCGCACUCGUUUGAAUAGCGUAAUGUAUAUUUUAUGUUAAAAAUAUUUUUACCAGUGGUGCAGCUCGUUGAUGUAUCAGCGCUCUUCUGCAUUGUGGACAGGGCGAGUAUCUUCGAGCUGUCAACCACAAUGACGAACACCGAAGUAUGGAAGUAUUUUAAGUUUAAUUAUUAUUGUUGCAUUAAACAAACACUGCCUGCUCGCUGGGAACUUCUUGUCUGUUCCUUUUAUUUGCCAACAAAUGGAAACAACAAUUCCAGGAAGGUAAUGGGAGAAGAUAGAACAGAUUCGUAGAAGAUUGUUUAGAGCUUUACUUACGUUGUAAGAUAUGUUCUGUUUCCGUUACAGCUUUCGUAACAAAAAAAAAGCAAAACUCCAACCGUGUGUAAUGCGUUUUUUGUUUCGCUUAUAGAGUAUUAAUUACUUAACACACUUACCCCUUUGCGCACGAUUGUAUUUAUGUAAAUAGUGUAUAAAAACUUUGUUCGUAUGAUUUUAGCUUUACACGAUCUGUUUCUGCUUAUGGGAUUAAAAAAAAAGGCAAGAUAACGGGCUUGCUGGUAGAGGAAAAUCUGA